GAAAGAGAUAACGUUGACAUGCAUCAUUAUUGGUUCGAAGUUCGCGUGCCUCACUUAUCGCAUUGUGAUUUGCAUUCCUUUUCGCAGAACUUCCUUGUUUCUUUGUCAGUAUCAGCGUAAUGUUCGAAGUGUAUAUACAUAAUUUACGUAAUAUCUAUCACGUUCUGUUACCACGGUUAAUGAUCGCAUCGAGUUACCUUGUAAAAUUUAGGUAACUCUUCUAUUAUAAUCACGAAGAUGCUUGAAAAACAAAACUAUAAUAAGACAAUAACAACUCUUGUGGAACAUCUAAUUCAGAAAGAUGAAUUCAUUUUUGAAAACAGUCAAUUCUAUGACAAGCAACAGAAACGUAAUAGUCAGAGAAGCAUUGCAAACACAGUUAAAUAUGUGUGUGGCGGAAAUACAAUAUGCACAAGGCAUGGAAGAGAACAACACAAUAAAAAAUUGUGACAAAAGUAUGAAUUUGUGCUCCAUUUUAGAAGCAAUUUUUUUACACGGCUUAAAAGAUAGUCUUUUAAAUCGAGUAACAGAAGCUUUAAGUGGUCCAGAUUUUGAUGCUGUACCACAGCCAAGUUUUUGGGGUCCAUUGCUGGUAUUCUCUCAUCGGCAGAUUAUAGACCAAAUACAAGGAUUAAGCCAACUUACUACAGAAGUUGGAUAUUGCAGAGCUUGGAUACGAUUAGCUUUAAACGAAGGCCUUCUAGCUAGCUACUUUUAUUCUAUAAGAAGGGACAACUCAGCUUUGAAACCAUAUUAUAAUCAGUCUGCAUUCAUUAGAGAUGUAGACCUUGUAGAAGUUGCACGAAGACUCAUUGAAAAUUUAGAUAACAUUCACUUUGAAUUUGCAUGUAACAGCAGUUUAUUAAAUUUUUGGUCAAAUACACCUCUUCUAUUAGCAGGUAUAUGGUCACCACCAAUGAAAUCUUGUCCAGUAUUUAGUGCAGUUGAUAUUGCAAAAACGAUAACUACAGAAUUAACAGAAGAAGAAAAUUUUUGUGAACAACAACAACAAGUUGAAACUGCUAGUUCUAUUGGUAGUUUUAGUUCCUUUAAUUCAUCGCAAUCUGCCCUUAAUAAUGGGGCUUAUAUUGCAGAAGAUGAUGCUUUAAAAAUCAUAUUAGCCAAUAAGAAAUCAAGUAAUAUUGAUGUAGAUCACUUGACCAAUGAUUCAACAAAUAAUGUACCUUUAAAGGAAGAAGAAAAGCAAAAUAUACAAGAAGAAGAAGAAAAGGAAAAAGAAGAAAAAGAUGGAGUAGAAAAUAAAUUUUCAAGUAAUGAUAGUCCAAAAAAUGAUAUAGAAAUUAACACAAUACUUGAUGUUGAAAAUUUACCAAUUGAAAACAUUGUACAAAAUCAUGACACUUUGCAUGAUAUUACUUCAACUGCAGUAGGAAAUUCAUUAAUUGGAAAAUUAGGAUGGUCUACAUCCUUUGAAGAUUGUAAAUCUUCUUUAACAUCACCUGUAACAUCUCAUGAUUCAGGAACAGAUGCACCUCGUACUCCAUGUGAUGGACCCACAUAUGACUCACUUAUUCAAAGCUAUCAAUCUGCUGGAAAUACUUCAGUCACAGAUCUUCAAGAAUUUUUAAAAAGAUACCCUAAAAAGCAAUUAUCUAUUGAUGGAACUGAAGUUCAAUCAGAAAAUAAGGCUGAAAUAAACUUUGAUGAACAAUUAGAAAAGCUUCCUAGGGAAAAAGGUUUAGAUGUACAAAAUUAUAGCUGUUUUGAAUGUGAUCAUGCAAUUGGUAUGACUUUUUCAAAAAUAUAUACUUGUUCAUACACUGGCAACUAUUAUUGUUCAAAAUGUAUGUCUCAAAACGAGUAUAUUAUUCCAUCACGAGUAAUUUAUAAUUGGGAUUUAAAGCACUAUCCUGUUUGCAAUAAGGCUGCAACAUACCUGCAAAAUUGUUCAGUAUUACUGGAUUUUAAAAUUUUAAAUCCACAAAUUUAUAUGGCUGUAGAUACUAUGGCUCAAUUGCAAUCAUUACGAAUUCAGUUAAAUUUAUUGAGAGCUUAUUUAUUUACUUGUCGUGAACCUAUAAUUGAGUCAUUACAGAAAAAAGUUACACCUCGAGACUAUUUAUACGAACAUGUUCAUCAAUAUUCAAUUUUCGAUCUUCACGACAUAGCUAAUGGAACCCUUGCACAACAAUUGCAAAAAGUAGUAAAGUUUGCAAGGAAUCAUGUUAUAAAUUGUUGGCUUUGUAGUCAGAAAGGAUUCAUAUGUGAAAUUUGCAAUAAUCCGAAAGUCAUCUAUCCUUUUGAUAUGGAUUCUACAUAUAGGUGUGGAUCUUGUAAUGCAGUAUUUCAUUCAGAAUGUUCAAAUGCUAAUAAACCAUGUCCAAGAUGUAAACGCAAACGUGAACGAAUGGACCUACCACUUUUAGAUGUGGGAUGUACAGAUUUAUCAUUAGAUGAUGCACCGUUUUUAGUUGAUACAAAUUGA